CCACCGCCAGUUUGUCCCGCGAUCUCGUGUAGAGAGGUUGUCAGUAGUCUGUUACAGUGGUGUCAGUGUGUGGUGUACAGUUAGCCGGCGUCGUAGCAGGUCGUCGACCGCGCGAGUAUGAGCGCGCGCCCGCCUCGGUAGCCGCCGCACUCCCGACCUCUCCUGUAGCUUCUACCGACAAGGCGAUGCGAGGGUGGUGCGCGCGGUGGUGGGGCGGCGGGUCGCGCUCGCGGCUGCGCUGGAUGGCGGCGCUGCUGUGCUGGGGCGCGCUGGCCGCGCUGGCGCUGCCGCGGCUGCAGCCGCUGCAGCCGCCGCCGGCCGCCGCGCCCCGCGCCCCGCCCGCGCCGCCCGCGCGCCUGCUGCUGCAGUCCGAGCCGGCCGCGUCCACGCCGGCCGUGGCCGCGCAGCCGCUGCCCGCCACCGACACGCGCGUGCUCAGCGAGGACGAGCUGCGCGCCGACACCGAGCGCCGCCUGCCCUCGCUGCCGCUCGCCUACUGGCACAAGCACAAAGACGACAAGAAUAAGUUCCUGAAAAAGAAAGACUGCGCCCCGUUCCCCUCCAUAUACGAUCUCGAGUUUCACAACACUUACUGGCAGAGUUUUCAUUCGAGCCAGGGUGUAUUCCAUUUUUACGGAGCUUACCUGGACACCAGAAAUGCGUCCCGUAUAGGGCCCGCAGUCCGCGUGCUCGGGGUGCACGACCGCAUCAAGCCCACGAUCACGACUCACUGCCAGCUAUGGUUCGAGGAGCGCACCGCGCCCGUGGUCGUGCGCAACCUGGAGUACAAGUACGUCUGGAACAGCAAAUGGGGCAACUACCGGGAUCACGUACUACAGCCGUACUUGCUCGCGUGCGUGCUCCCACAGGAGGUGCAGCACCUCGUGCCGGCAUCCGUUUCUAUCGUGGAGAAUCCCUGCGAUCGGGCCACUAACAAUUUGCGAGUUCAUUACGACCGUCCCGACCCGGCCGUCGGUCGCAAGGAGUUCGCCGUCUGCGUGAAAGGACUCGAUUUCCUCCACGAAGAUUUAUCUGUGAGACUCGUCGAGUGGAUCGAGUUUGUGAGGCUAAUGGGAGCGGACAAAGUGUUCUUUUACGAGUUACAAGUUCACCCGAACAUAACGAAAGUGCUCGAUUACUAUAAAGGACAAAAUGCGGUGACAGUGACGCCUGUCACACUGCCUGGCGGGCAGCCGAAUCUGCCCGGUCUGCAGCAUAUGUAUCUGAAGAAAAAGACGACGCACAAGCGUCAAAUGGAACUAGUCCCGUACAACGACUGCCUCUACCGGCACAUGUACGAGUACCGGUGGCUCGCGCUGCUCGACAUCGACGAGGUGAUCGUGCCCCUCGAGGACGCCGACUGGAGCUCGCUGAUGAAGCGCGCGCUGCCCCUCUCGAAGCCGGCGAAGGGCAAGCCGCCGCGCUCCUCGUACCACGCGUCCAACCUGUACUUCUUGGACUCGCUGCGGCACGAGCACGGCUGGGAGGAAGGCAUCCCGCGGUACAUGCACAUGCUGCAGCACGUGUACCGCACGCGCAACUUCACCAAGCCCGGCCAGUACGUGAAAGCGUUCCACGAGACGGAGCGCGUGCUGGCGCUGCACAACCACUUCCCGCUGGCGUGCCUGGGCGGCGCGUGCUCGUCGUACGCGCUGGAGCCGGCGCAGGCGCGGCUGCAGCACUACCGCGCCGACUGCGUCUCGGCGCUGAGCAAGUCGUGCGCCGAGCUGCGCGCGCAGCCCGUGCGCGACGAGGCGCUGUGGCGCUGGCGCCAGCCGCUGGCCGCGCGCGCCGCCCGCGCCCUGCGCGCGCUCGGCUUCCUGCCGCCGCACCGGUGACUGCUGUUGCCCGAUCCUAAUAUUAUAUUAAUUGCUAGUAUUAAAAAUAUUUUUACAGUU